AUGGAACCACCCAACAAAAGAAGGCGUCUAUCUCCUUCACACCAGCCUCGGAAUGAUUUUCAAGACGAUACCGAAUUGCAAAUCGCUCGCGCAAGGAAUGACAAAAAGCUAAAGUCUCUCUUUGAAGGUAUCUUCGAAAAGUACGGGAAGGAUUUCAGCGAUGUCGGUGAUGAGAUCGACCUCCGAACUGGCGAAAUAGUGGUGAAUAAAGGACAUGUGUCCCUCAUGGAACAUGAAGACGACACUGGAGAGGUAUUGGAAACGUCACAAAAAAAGGACUCCCCACGAAAGGCAUCGAAUGCCCAUGAGUCACACGAGCCCGACCUUGCCGAUGACAGCGACGACGAACUAGCACCUGAUGGCAAGCGUGUCCUUCAAUCGCUAAUAGCAGGUGAUAUGGACAAUGAUAUUGAAUCGUUUGACAUGGAAAAGGGCAAAAAUGGCACAGUCACUCCGCGCGGCAACCGUCCACGUAGUGAUCCAGAAGACGAAAUUGGGGGGGACAAAAUUGAAUUAGCAGGCUUGGAAUAUCCUCAGGCGUACAACAAUACAGCAAAAGCAACCGACCCCAUUUGGCAAGUUCCAGAAAUUGCUGCCAAGUUCUGGACACCGCCCAAAAUGCAAACGCCACCUAAGAAGGAAUUGAACAUUCCGGAUACGCGUCCAUCUUCGCCUCCAACGGCAGGGUCAAUAUGGGCAGUUCGCACGCCGGGAAGACCCCGGGGCGCAAGUUCGAAAAAACCGACAAGCACAAAGAAAUCAACCCCAUCACUACCAUCAAAACGCCGGCGCAAGAAGCCAGUUGUGCUUGAUUGGACCUUUGCAAAUAUGAAGAGUGACGAUAGUGACUCUGAUGAUCCGUUGCAAGAGGAAGCGCCGUCAUCAACUACUCAAUCCAUUAAAAUCCGUGGCCGCAGUAGCGUGUCUAUCACGCCAACGCCAAUCAAGACGGUAGCUCGGAAUGUCAUCGGUGCCAAGUCGAAUAACACGACACGCAAGAAGCCGGUUUCGAAGAUUGAGUAUGGGAGACUGAGAGAGGUUGUUUCUUUACCUAGAACACCCGAAGUAGCCUCUAGCCCACAAAGGCUAGGAACCACUCCAGUGCAUACAUCUGAUAAGGAGAUGAGUUCGCCUACGAAAAUGAGACCAGUGGAGUUCAUUCUCACGCCAGACGAGGUCAAAUUGAUUGUACAAAUGAAGUCUAAAUCUAUGGAGUAUACUUGGGAUGACAUUGUUGAGCAUCUUCCUGGUAGGACUGUGGAUGAUCUUCAAGACUGGGAGGAGUCCCAUCCGGACCUGCUGGACAAAACUCCCACCACAUCUGGUGGCUGGUCGCGGGAGGACUUGUCAAAAUUAGACCAGUUCGUGAGCCAAUCCGGUAUCUGGUGGAAAGACAUCCAAGCAGCAUUGCCUACCCGGUCCAGGGGAGAACUAGAGUCUCAAAUGAUCAAGAUGUGGAUGGAAAAGGAACUCCUUCGGGAGGAUUCCACUGAUCAACCCGAAUCAAAUGAACAAGACCAGAGUUCGCCUGGGAUAUCAGCAGAUACCCCUACUCCUCCAAAAACCCAGCAGUCUCAUCCUCUAUAUUCUGAUGAUGACCCUGCAUUGCGAACUGGUACUGCGAUGACGAAUCAAGACCCAGAAGAUCCCCUAGAAGAGGACUCUGAGGACGAUUGGCCGGAGAUAUCAGCAAUAGAGGUGGAAUCCCGGCCAGCUGAGAAAUCCGGUGGCUCUCGACGAGGCUCCCCUCGGAAAGGUUCAGCAUCGCCCCGUAAAUUCUUUUAG